AUUUAGUCAACCUCAAAAGAUCAGCUACUUACUUUCUUAUCGAAUGGAAAAUCCCGAACAAAAAGAAGAAGGAAGCAGUCAAGGUGCCUUUAGUUCAAAAGUUGAGUGCAAUAAGCAAAAUAAAAUUGUGGCAUCGAUGAUAUAUUCCGACUUUGACAUUUUAGACAAACCUUGGUGGAAACAUCCUUUUGAUGAACAUAAUGCGGAAUAUUUAAUCUCAAAGAUCAAGCACUUUCAACGGGCUAUAGCAUCAGCAGUUGAUAAUGAAAGUGAGGAACUCUUUUGGAAGGGAUACAUCGAUCUUCAUCGUGAACGUUAUCUACUCGAAUGUAUUUCUGUGGAAAGCAAUAUUACAAUAACUAUUAGUUAUGUACAAAAACUGCUCAGGAAAUCUGGGUCUUUAAGAAUGUUUUGCGGAAAGAUUUUUACAAGUUACAUUAAACCCGAUGAACAACGGUUGGCUAGAAAAGUACAAAAUCUCCAUGGUGUUAUCAUUGACACUUUCCCUUCUAUAUUUUUUCCAGAUCUUCAAAUAGAUCGUUUUACACCAGAGUUUGCAAAGCAAUUGCAUCGAAAAAUUGGAAACGGAUUAAUCAAAGAUGCUGGGCAAUAUCGAACGAAAUUUGUUAUGGCAGCACAAGAAAACUAUGUAUACAUGGCACCGGAUUUGAUAAGAGAUAAAAUGGAUACAUUAUUUCGUCAAUGUAGAGAAAAAUUUGAGAAUACAGACUUGCGGUUAGAGGAUGCCAUUAAAUAUGGGGCAUGUUUUCUCGUACAUUUUUUGACGAUUCACCCUUUUAUGAAUGGAAACGGAAGAGUAGCAAGAUUGCUCUUGAGCUUUCUUUUAUCAAAAUUCACUGUGGUACCACUUUCUUUAUAUACAGGAGUGAAAGCACGAGAUGUAUACCUACAAU